AUGGCGUUGGAUCCACGUUAUGUUAUCAGGCGUAUGACUUCUGAGGACUACGAAGGUGUAGUUGGCGCGUUGCAAGUGCUUACUGCAGUGGGUGAAGUAUCUAAGGAGCAGUUUGACAAGUUGCUCCAGUACUGGGACAGCAGUUUGUUGUUUCCCGAGGACGAAGGCAAAAAACAGUACAGGAUGUAUAACCCCACGGUAAUCUACGACACUGAGACCAAAUCGGUUGCUGCGUGUGGUAAUAUAAUAAUUGAGAGAAAGAUCAUACAUGGCACCGGUAUGUGUGGGCAUAUAGAAGACAUCGCUGUCUCGAAGCACCACCAAGGGAAACGCCUGGGUAAGCAUCUGAUCAAGAGAUUGACUGAGAUUGGCUUUGACGCUGGCUGUUACAAAGUUAUCCUCGACUGUGACGAGAAGAAUGUGGCUUUCUAUGAGAAGUGUGGUUAUAAGAGAGCAGGUGUAGAGAUGCAAUGCAGAUUAUAG